AUGGGCCACGAGACGGCCGGGGCGUCACCGGCCGUCCACGUGUCGUUCGCCGAGCGGGACGUGCUCAAGGUGAUCCUCGAGUUUCUCGAGUUGCGCGGUUUUCACAUUGCACAGUUAGCUUUGGAGCGCGAGACGGGUGUGAUCAACGGUCAGUACUCGGCUGAUCUGCUAUUUUUGAGGCAGUUGAUCAUCGACGGCCAAUGGGACAAUGCUCUGGACUUUGUGGAGCCGUUGAAGGGCUGCGAUGAUUUUGACUUUCAGGCGUUCCGGUACAACAUCACCAAGUACAAGUUUUUCGAGCUGCUCUGCAUCAAACUCGAACCGGGCCCCAUGCAUGAUAAUGAUUUUGCGGUCGAGGAAUUGGUAGAGUGCCUCUCCGAUCUGGAGCAUAUCUGCCCGAGUCCAGAAGACUAUCGACAUCUCUGCGCCAUGCUCACAUUACCUCGUCUCUCCGAUCAUCACGAUUUUCGGCAUUGGAAUCCGAGUGCAGCGCGGAUAGAAUGCUUUCAUAAGGUGGAAAAGAUGGUAGCAAGACUACUCCCGCCUACCCAAAAAGAGUCAACGCCAUUACCAGCUUCGAUCCAUGAUAGAUUGGUUUCUUUGGUGGCCAAGGGAAUUUUCUACGAGGGUUGCGUCGACUACUGCCAAGGACAGGCCGUUGGAGAGUUGAAAGGCCUCGAAGACGGACCCAAAAUCGGCCAAUUACUCUCGAAUCGACCUCGCCUCAGCGGCGUCGAUUUGUCGUUGGUAUCAUGGCUUGGGGUCGUUUCCCGUGAGCAAUUCGCCAUGCCAUUCCAACAGAAGGGCCUCGACACCCGCAUCGAGCCCAUCAAAAAGCCCAAGCUUGAGGCUCAAUGGGCCGAGCAAAUUCUGGCGACACCUAUCAAGCCGGGUGGAGCAUUCCCGCAUUCAGCGGUCCCAAAGACGAAGCUUCGUUUUGCCGAAAAGAUGAGCCAGAGCAUAGCUGCAUUACCGAUGGGUGCGAGUAUGGCGAUGAGCACGUAUCCCACGCCGAAGCACGUCAUGUCCCAAUCAACGGCUCCCGGCUUUACACUCAAUGGGAAGGCUGAAGCAAGCGGGGAGGCGAUGGUGCAGUCGCAGAUCAUUGACGCUAUGCUGGAGACGAGCGAGCUGGCGAAAACAAGUCGGCCCGGUUCUGUAGCUGCACAAAGCCGGCAGAUGACACCGAUGAGCAUGUCCGUGGCUCCGCAAGUCCUUGCACCAGCAAUGGCCCAAUCGAUGUCCGCCGCCCCAUUCGAUUUUACGCAAACGAGAAGACAACUCGAUGAAAUGACGAGGAGAUCCGUUCCACCAUCAUCUACCCGUCAGUCCUCCCUCCCGCCGGUUCCCGAGCUGUCUCCACACUCCGAAGAUGCCACCGCCAUGACCCAAAGUCGACUCUUCCAGGAAUUCGCCAGUCGUCAAAAACCCGAGCCCGCGCCCCCGCAAGUCCAGUUACGCCCGCAAAUGCCGAUGCCGAUGCCACACCUUAGCCCGCAACCGAUGUCGUAUCCUGGACCACCGGUGCUACCCGGCUACGCGAUAAACCCGCCAGUACCGUAUGGGGAUUUCGGAAUGGGCCCCCGCCCGAUCUAUCCUAAUGGCCAUAUGGGCCCCAACGCGAUGGCCCCAAUUGCAACUGCCAUGCCAAGGCCACUGUCGAUGAUGGGCCCAGCUUCACCUGCGCAUCCGGGUCCGGCGGCUCGUCCCCAUUCAAUGCCCUCGAGCAGCGGAAUGAACGUGCAAUUUGUUCCGGUUUGUAGGUACGAAGACGCACAAGCCAUCCGAGCCUCCGCUUUCCACCCAUCAGGCCGUGUAUUCGCCGUGGGCACCAACUCGAAGCAGAUGCUGAUCUGCGCCUACCCGGACGUCAAAAGGAACAGACUCUACAAUCCUAGGCUACGGACUCACGAGCCGAUGCCGAAGCCAGAAAUAUUGUUGUCACGCCCAAAGCAACACCGCGGAUCUGUUUAUUGUUUGGGAUUCAGCCCGAGUGGAGAAAUGCUAGCAACCGGCUCAAACGACAAAUCGAUGCGUCUAAUGGCCUAUAACGUGGAUAACAGCCGGAUAGGAGCCGAAAUGGAGUUGAAUUGUCACGAUGGGACGGUGCGGGAUUUGAUCUUUCUCGAAGACUCUGUCAAUCGGACGUCACUGCUGAUAUCUGGUGGGGCCGGGGAUUGUCAAUUACGGGUCAGCGACUGUCACACCGGCCAAGUCGUUCAAAGCUACUCCGGCCAUAGUGCCCCGAUCCUGGGCCUCUACUCCUGGGGUACUGGCCCGCAAUUCGUCUCCUGUUCCCAGGACAAGACGAUUCGAUUCUGGGAUGUAAGAGCCCCACAGCCGACCCACGUCAUCCAGCCGAGCGCCAAGAUUGCUAACUCGCCGGUGACGUCGGUUUGCGUAGACCCAUCGGGACAGCUGCUGGUUUCUGGACAUGAGGAUGCAUCGGUUGCCCUAUACGACAUGACCGGGCGUCGUGUCCUCCAAACGUUCCGUCCUCACGGUGAUGAGGUGCGGAGCGUACGCUUCAGCAAUGCGGCCUAUUACCUCCUCUCGGCCAGCUACGAUAAGAGGGUAUGCAUCACCGACAUGAGAGGCGAUUUAAUGGCCCCGUUGAUGUAUUUGCCGGUAGCCGAACACUCGGAUAAAGUGAUACAGUGCAGAUGGCACCCACAUGAAUUCUCCUUUCUCUCCACAUCCGCUGAUCGUUCGGUCGUACUCUGGGCCCUGCCACCGCCU